GUGCUUUGACGUCAUCACGCUGUGUAGGUUCCGGUGCACGCAGGUCCGUUCCAAAAGUUGUCCGCUGUUCUGGUUGAGGAGGCCAAAUAGCGACAGAGCGCUCUAAGCAGUGAUGGCAUCUUCCCUGCGUUUGCUGUACUCUGUGAACAGACCAGGCUCUGUCUGCUUGGGUAAAAACCUGCUGAGAUCCUUCAGUGUGUCGACUCAGAGAGGAGGAUUCAAGUAUGUCAAUGCUCAGGAGCUCCCGACUGAUGUGAAGUCGAUCACAGACCGAGCUGCUCAGACGCUGCUGUGGACCGAACUCUUCAGAGGUCUGGGAAUGACCAUGAGUUACCUGUUCAGAGAGCCCGCCACCAUCAACUACCCGUUUGAGAAGGGACCGCUGUCACCACGCUUCAGAGGAGAGCACGCCCUGCGCAGGUACCCUUCAGGUGAGGAGCGCUGCAUCGCCUGUAAGCUGUGUGAGGCCAUCUGUCCAGCACAGGCCAUCACCAUCGAAGCAGAGACUCGCACUGACGGCAGCAGGAGGACGACGCGCUACGACAUCGACAUGACCAAAUGCAUCUACUGUGGCUUCUGUCAGGAGGCGUGUCCUGUGGAUGCCAUCGUUGAGGGUCCUAACUUUGAGUUCUCCACAGAGACUCAUGAAGAAUUGCUUUACAACAAAGAGAAGCUGCUGAACAACGGAGACAAGUGGGAGGCAGAGAUCGCCGCCAACAUCCAGGCUGAUUACCUGUACCGAUAAAAGUGCUGACUCAGCCUCAGCCUGUACAUACUGUAAGGAGAAUCAGCUGAUUAUAUAUUUAUUUUAUUACAUGAGUCGCUGAUGAUCAAUCAGACUGAUUGACUGAUGAUUGCUUAGACCAAUCUAUGGUCAGUCAGCCUGAUUAAUCAGAUCGUUCAAUGGUGAUGUGUGAGCUGUCGUCAGGCUGUGAACAUCAAUGUGAUCAAUGUGUCUGGGUCAUUGUUCAGGUUUAUUUUUUUCUGAUCAGAUAAUUGUUCCUGACCACCACACAGCAGAUUAUUCAUUAUUGUUCCAUUCUAAUAGUUCUGUUUUUGGCUCAAAUAAAAACUUCUGAGAGAAAA